UGGCUUUUGCGUCAUCGAUUAUUCUCCAUGGGACUUAUCGUCCCAUUCCUUAUUUCUUUCGCGCAUCGCUAUUUGCCUUUCAACUGGUGGCUGGUGUUUAUAUAUUCACUUAGUUUAUGGCAGAUCUUUUAAGCGCAGUGGGUCGCGAACAGGAAGCGAUGGCCAAUCGUAAAACUCUUGGAAGUGGCGUCCUCGUAGAGGAUAAUGUUUUUGCCACGAAAUCCCCCGAGGAACUGGUGCUUUCCGAGGAUCUGGACGAAUUGCUGGAACUGAGGGAUCAUCAGUUGCCCGAUGUCACAGCCAAAGGGUGGACAGAGCCUGGCAAAAAGAAUAGGUCUAUGGAUUUGGACAUCUACGACGAUUUGGACGAGAUGAAGCCUCAGUAUUCCACCAAGCCCGAGGAAAAGGACAGAUCUCUUGAUCUGGACAUUUACGACGAUUUGGACGACUUCCAGCAAGCCGAGGACCAUAAAACCAAGGAGCUGCUGGCAUGGGAAGACAAACACGAAAUGGCGCAGGCCGAAAUUCAGGCUCUAAAGACUGAGAACAAGGCGCUUGGAAAGAAGAUUAAGGCCAUGGAGGUCAACCUGCAGAAUCUGCUGGACACGGCCAAGGCGGAGGUGAAGAGAAAGGAGGCCCUGAUUGCCCAGCUGCGAAAGGAGAAGGACGACUUAUGCUUCCGGCGGAAGCGGGUGCGAGAUGUCGAAGAACCAGGAGAAAGAGACCAUGAUAGUAAGCGCUUGAAAGAAACCCAAUCGAGGGCUUUGGCCAAAAAGGAUCCGGAAACGGAAAGAAAUCCAUUCAAAACGGUCCCAAAAGACGAUGCCAAGAAGACGACCUCGAAAGAUGACAUUAAGAAGGCAAGCAAAAAAGAAGACGUCAAGAAAUCGGACAGCGGAAGUAGGUCCCCCAAGCAGGGACAACCCAAGACCACCGAACGGAGAUCUAGCACAAACCCUCGUCGUCCUGAGAACCGCCACAAAUCCAGAGAUCGACGCCACAGCCGCAGCCGAAGUCCAAGACAUAGCGUCAGGCGAGAUCAGCACCGGAGUCGCGAGAUCAGUUCACGACAUGUUGGCCGGCGAAGCCGAUCCCAGUCGCCCAGAACCAAGAAGCCAGAAGAAAAUUGCCAAGGCAUGAAUGCCCCAUUCUUCGACAAAAUUAAAGUCCCGCGGGGCGACAGCCCCCACCUUGAGUUGCCCAAAACUGCAACUUACCUGCAACCGUCGAAGAAAGGCGUUUCCAAGCAAACCGAUAUUACUUCAGAAAUCAAAACAAACUCCUUAUUCGACAUAAAGGAACAUACGAAGGAUCCUCAACCUGCAGGUGGAUUUUUCUCUGAAGUCAGUCAACCGAAGCGUGAAAUUAUCCCGGGCUUGCACCUCAUAUCCCAGACGGAAUCCUUGCAUUUUGUCCAAGAUCAAAUCGAGUUGGCCAAAAUGAAGCCAAAGAUUGUCGAAAACAGUGAUUUUCACACGGCACACGAUCAACUGAAGAAGACUUCCACUAAAUUAGAUCCAAAAGUGUCUCAACUUGAUGGUAAAAUUAAAAACAUUUCACCUCAACAUUCCACAAUAGAAGUGCUGCAGCUUGAAGGUGAAGAGCUAGCAAAAGAGCCAUCGGAAGCCAUGAACGUUAGAACAGACACAACCCAAAAGGGAAAAGACCAAAUAGAAUUGACAAAAGCUGCCACAGUCCAUGCCGAAAGGGACUCUCUGGUUAAACGAAAUUCAAAUGCCUGGCCUGCGAAAGACAUUCAAGCGUCGUCUGAACCAACCCGCUUGAACAAAUCCGACAUCGGAAUACGGAUCAUCGAAGAUAUUCGCCUUCCGGAGAUGGCCGAUAUCGACCAUAUUGCUGUUAAAGUCGACAGCCAAUGCCAAACACCAACAGCAUUAACAAAUUCCGCAUCAAGUGAUCAGAAUAUUGUUUUAGUCUCCGUAACGCCUCAGGAACGCAGAGAUCCAAUAUGUACCAGCUGCGUGGAUGAUACUCCCACGAAGACGGCCGAUGUCUUAUACGCUAAACCCGACUCGACGAAGCUGGACCACAACGAUGAAAACGACGAGGUUAUUCUUGAAGCUGCCAUGGACUUGCUGACGAGCGAGAAGGAUCCGCCAAACAUAGUGGAUCCCAGCUAUCCAAACCUGAGUAUUGAAGAAGAUGCCAUUGAGAUGGCAUUGGAACAAUUGCACCAGCAGUCACCAGACGAAACAGUAGUGACUUCAACAUCGAAUAGAGCCCUCCAGACGCCCAAACAAAACCUUAUUACGAUUCUCACCCGGUCUCCCAUUCAGCAAAGUCCGUUUAAGUCCAAGACCAAAUCAAAGAAGAUAUCGCCGACAGCGACACCGGAAAAGCUGGCCACCGAGAAAACUCCUCUGAAAAAGAGAAAAGUCAACAUGGACAGUCCGACGCAGGAACCGCCGGUCUCCAGGCUGGAUUUCACCAUCGACGAAACUUUGGCAACUAGCUUUGGUGGUGACGACACCUCAACAGUAACCAAACGCUGUUCUCUGGGCCACACUGAUUACCAGUAUGAGCAAAUAAAAGACGAGGUUAUUUUGAGAGUAAAGCGACGCUGUCGCCGACGACGACCACCAACUGCGGAAAUGCAGGCGGGUGCUGCUAGCAAACCGAUUUAAAUAAAUAUCUAAUUGAUUUAAA